AUGACUCAAACUGAGCUAGACAAUUUCAACUUUUCUAUUAGACGGCACACCCCAGAUGAAUCGACACAGAUGAAAUCCAUAGGAAAAAAAGGAAGAACCUUUGGCAGAACGCAUAGGAAAGGCUGUCGCGCCAGAAACACAAGAUGCACAUCAUUCGCCACAUUGCAACAGCCAAGACUACAAAUAGCAUCACCGUUGCUAUCGAGUGGAAACUUCAAUGGCACCCACUUACGGGUCUCAGCGCUGAACUGGCCACCUUGGAUUACGCUCAACUGCGCCGAUGAAGAUCCAAGAGAUGCAAUGUACGGCCCAAUGGCAAACAUGAUUGAAGUGCUCUCCGACGGAGGCGGCUUCACAUAUGACGUUACCUGUGCACAAGGAGGUGGCACAGGAAUCGUUUUUCCUAAUGGCAGUUGGACUGGCGUAAUCGGGGACCUGCAGAGAAAUUGUGCCAUAGAGUGA